AUGGAGGACCACCACCGCCAUGAGUCGCCCUCCGGCCGAUCGGACGCCCUUGACGAUUCGGUUCUAGGAACCGGCUUGACGACGCGUCACCUUGAGGCUUUUGGGCGAAAGGUCACUUCUACGGCGAACCACUUGAUCGGGCCUGGGUCGGAUUCCAACCUCGGCGGCCACUAUCAAAAUGCUCUAACCGACAUCCACCGAGAAUUGCGGCGCCCGACGGUUCAGCGACGCAUCUUUGCCCUCGCCCAGACGACGCCUACCGAUCUCGUCCGUUCGAAGCUGUCGACGUCCGAAAUACAAUCCCGUGCGGUCUCCUCUCUUCCCGACGAACUCCUUGCAAACAUCCCCGAAGACACCAGUACCUAUUCUCUGUUUCAGGGCUUCCAGGCUUCCCUUCCCGAAUCCGACAAUGACCACCGGAAAUCCCAUCGCAGACGAGGCUCAAAGGGCCAGAAGCUUCUCACCGAUGAGGACAAGGAUAGGGCUCUGCCGUCUUCAAUUAGCGCCCUGAAAGAGGAGCGGGAGCGGCUAAACCAUCGCUUAGAGAUGAUGGGCAUUCGGAAGAAUAUGUGCAGCGCAGAGAUCCGUGAGAUCGACAACAAGAUCGCGAAUCUGAACAACAUGCGCAAGAUCGUUUUGGACCGGCUGGCCGGCCUGGAAAUGGACGAGGCGGAACUGGAACACCAAUUGGUUGAGCUCGAUAACAAGCUGGAGGAUAUGGAAGAGGAGGAGGAAGCGGCAGCUGCGGCUCAGGCAACUCCCAAGUCGGGUACCACAAACGACCAGUCUGAAGAUGCAGCACUGGAUGCAUCCUUCAUGUCUGAAUCAAUCUAUCAGAAGCUCUCGCCAAGGAGUCGAAAACACAAAUCGAUACGGAAACGAUCCAUGCCGAUUUUACAUGAACAUUUCGAGCCCGGAACGGCGAUCAAGGAAAUACAGGCUCAUAAUGACAUUGUCACCGCCCUCGAUUUCGACAUGCCCUUUGGAACCAUGGUCAGUGCUGCAUUGGACGAUACCGUCCGUGUGUGGGAUCUCAAUGCAGGACGGUGUUUAGGGUUCCUGGAAGGCCACCACGCGUCCGUGAGAUGUCUACAAGUCGAAGACAAUAUUGUCGCCACGGGGUCGAUGGAUGCAACGAUCCGUCUCUGGGAUCUGAGUCGUGCUCAAUACGCGCCUCGAGACAACCGAAUUAACAAGGGUGGCGACGAGGAAGACGAUGAUGGACUUCGUUACUCGAACCCGGAGGAUGCUCCGCCACAACCGCCUUCCUCCAGCAUGGAGGAUUGUCAGGUCUUCUCCCUCGAGGCUCAUGUAGAUGAAGUGACGGCGCUCCACUUCCGGGGCAACACACUUAUCUCAGGGUCCGCCGACAAGACGUUGCGACAGUGGGAUCUAGUCAAAGGACGUUGCGUUCAGACGCUGGAUGUCCUCUGGGCGGCUGCACAGGCGUCAGCAUCGCUCGCAGCCGGCACCAACGCCCAAUGGCGUCCAACAGGGCGACUCCCGGACGCGUCGGCCGACUUUGUCGGUGCUCUUCAAUCUUUUGAUGCCGCAUUGGCGUGCGGAACAGCCGACGGCAUCAUUCGUCUCUGGGAUCUCCGAAGCGGCCAGGUCCAUCGCAGCCUCGUGGGCCAUACUGGCCCGAUCACGUGCUUGCAGUUCGACGACGUGCAUCUCGUCACUGGCAGCCUUGACCGCAGCAUCCGGAUAUGGGACCUCCGUACUGGAUCCAUCUACGAUGCUUUUGCCUACGACAAGCCCAUCACGAGCAUGAUGUUUGACUCGCGGCGAAUCGCAUGCGCAGCCGGGGAGAAUGUGGUGAAGAUCUACGACAAGACGGACGGGCAUCACUGGGAUUGCGGUGCCGGCGUCUCUGCUGAAGCCGAGGGCACCAACCCGGCGACCGUCGAACGGGUGCGGAUCAAGGACGGGUAUCUCAUCGAAGGUCGCAAGGACGUAUUGUAUCUCUUCCCAAAGUUCAAUAUGUGGAAUUGUAUAUGGUGA